UUAUCAUUUCUUCUUCUUCUUCUUCUUAGCUUGUUGAUCCAUAAAUUACAGUGGUUUUAAUUAUUUCCCUUAUGGCUUCUUCCUUUGUGUCCCGGCUAGUCCUUUCCUUGAGCUUCUUAGCUCUCUUCUUAGCUUCCUACUCCGUUUACCACAACGCCGCCGUGGGUCAAGGCCGCCGCCGCCCCCUUAUUACGGCGGCGAUCCCCACUUGGCUGGACGGCGCAGCGAUGGAGUCGGCCGCCGACUUUCUGUCCUACCUCGGUCUCGGGAAAUCCUCCGGCAGACUCUCCGACCAAGCGUGCGUGUUCUCCGCCGUGAAGGAAGUCGUGGACGCCGCCAUCAACAACGAGACUCGGAUGGGCGCCUCCCUCAUCCGCCUCCACUUCCACGACUGCUUUGUUGACGGCUGUGACGGUGGAAUCCUCCUGAACGACACGGCCAACUUCACCGGAGAACAAGGUGCUGCCCCAAAUAGUAACUCCGUGAGAGGGUUUAACGUUAUAGAACUAGCAAAGCAGAACGCCAAAACCAAAUGCUCCGACACCCCUGUCUCCUGUGCUGAUGUCUUGGCCAUUGCCGCCCGUGAUUCUUUCGCCAAGUUCACAGGUCAAACCUACAACGUGACGAUAGGAGCUAGGCGUGACGCAAGAACGGCAAACCUCACCGGAGCCAACACCCAACUUCCAGCACCGUUCGACAGCCUCCUCGUCCAAACCCAGAAGUUUGCCGACAAGGGGUUCACCCAAAGGGAGAUGGUUGUUCUGGCAGGAGCGCACACGGUGGGAUUUUCCCGUUGUGCGAUCGUGUGCCAGAACAACAGCAUCAACCCCAACAGAACCGCCACCCUGCCAUGCAACUGCUCUGCCUCCACCCUCACCGGUUUGGUUGGACUCGACCCCACUCCCGCCGCUUUCGACAAUAGGUAUUUCCAGCAAUUGGUCAACGGUCAAGGCCUUCUGUUCUCAGACGCCGAGCUCAUGACGAAUGGCACCACCGUCGCUGCCGCGAGGAGGUACCUGAAUACAACCAGUGCUUUCCUUUCCGACUUCGCCGCUGCCAUGGUGAAAAUGAGCAAUUUGCCACCUUCGAAUGGAGUUCAGCUCGAAAUUCGUGACGUGUGCAGCCGUGUCAACGUCAAUCGUUCUGUUGAGUCUACAUAAACACGUUACUACAUACUCCCUCCAUUCCAUAUUAGCUAUCCAUUAUGACUUUCUUGGUACAUUGAGAAAUGAAUGAAUAUAGACAUACUUUAUGUCUACAUCCAUUCAUUUCUUAAUGUACCAAUAAAGUCAUAAUGGACAGUUAAUAUGGAAUGGAGAGAGUACAUGUCAAGGCUUUAGCAUCACUUAUAUUGGACUUUUUGCAUCAGUAUUUUUAUCGAAGCAAAUACUAGCGAUGUAAUUGCUCCCAUGUAAUUGUGUCAGGUGUAAAAUAAGCGAUGCAAUGGACCUUUUUAAAUAAGUUUACUUAAAGUUUUUAAAUUUCUACACUUUUAUGUAAUUAUAUUUCAUAAUUUUCAAUAAAUAGUGGUUGCACAC